UUUUUACAAUUCCUGAUCAUAAGGAGGUCAGGUCAUGAUUGGGUGAGGUGUCUGUGGACAGAAAUUGUGCUAAAGAAGAACAGUUCCUAUUUUUUCUGGUUGUGUGCGGAGUCAUCUACAAGAGGACGUUGAUACAUAAAUCUGAAAUCUGAAAGUCAUCUCCAAGCAUGGAUGAUUUGGGCUCGAUUUUCACUGAUGAGGAGUUGAGCCUCCUGAACUUCACUGAAUGGGAAUUUGUCGAGCCUGAGGACCUUGGUCCUGUGCUGGGGCCCCGUCACCUGUCCGCCCUGGUGUUCUAUAGCUUGGUCUUCCUGCUGGGGGUCCCGGGCAACGCUCUGGUGGUGUGGGUGACAGGCUUCCGCAUGCCGCGCUCAGUCACCUCUCUGUGGUUCCUCAACCUGGCCCUGGCUGACCUGCUGUGCUGCCUGUCCCUGCCCCUCCUCAUGGUGCCCUUGGCCAUGGACCAGCACUGGCCCUUUGGUCCCGUGGCCUGCAAGCUGCUCAAGGGACUCAUCUACCUGGUCAUGUAUUGUAGCGUGCUGCUGCUAGUACUUAUUAGCCUGGACCGCUGGCUGCUGGUCAGCUUGCCCGUGUGGUGCCAGAACUGGAGGAGGCCACACAAGGCCGCCUGGGUAUGUGUCGGGUUGUGGCUCCUGGCCCUGCUGGGCAGCAUCCCCCAGUUUGUCUACGUGAAGGAGGUCCAGCUAAGCACCCGUAAAUCAGAGUGCCUGGGAUCUCACACUAUAGUUAGCGCCUGGACUAUCACUACAGUACGCUUCCUGUUGGGUUUUGUGAUGCCAUUCAUCACCAUCGUGGCGUGUCAUUGGGUUGUGUAUAGCAGGGCCGGGCGGGGGUCUAGGGUGGGGUCUGGGAGAGUGAGUGAGGUGCGCUCCAGACGCACCUUGAGGGUCAUUUAUGCUGUGUUGCUGAGCUUCUUCCUGUGCUGGGUUCCACUGCACAUAUUGGAUUUCCUGAUCCUAUUGACCCCCCGGCACUCAUCGCACAGCGCCAACAUACAGCUGGCCCACGCCCUGGCCCUCUGUCUUGCCUACUGUAACAGCUGCCUCAACCCUCUGAUCUACGUGUGUCUGGGACGAGGCUUUAAGCAGAGUAUUAAUCGUUCCCUGCGCAGUAUGUUAAACUUCGCCACCGAGGAGCCGCUACCCAGAAAGAGCAUAUCCAAGAGCACAUCAGAAAGAACCCAGGAGAUGAAUGUAAUGUAAAGGUGUGUGUGUGUGUGUGUGUGUGUGUGUGUGUGUGUGUGUGUGUGUGUGUGUGUGUGUGUGUGUGUGUGUGUGUGUGUGUGUGUGUGUGUGUGUGUGUGUGUGUGUGUGUGUGUGUGUGUGUAAACCAUGAGAACCUGCUGAGUCAGAGUGUUUUGUGACAUUAAAAAGUGCUGAGAGACGUGAUUCGAAUCCAGUGUUGUUUAACAGAACA